GUUUUUAUGGAUGUGGGACUUGUUUGGCAUGUAGGAACACCAAAAGUUCGAAGAGACAUUUAACCACUAUGAAAGAAUAUAUUAAUAAGGAGUUUACCAUUAGAGAUCAAUUAACCUGUUUUUCAAAGGGAGUAAUUUAUGUGUUAAAAUGCCCCUGUAAUUUAUUAUAUAUAGGGAGAACACAUACGGAAUAUAAAAAAUGGAUUAGAGACACACAGUGUAUCCAACCAUUUUAAGAGAUACCAUAGCCAAAAUCCUGAAAGUUUAUUUUUUUGUCCGUUAAAAAUUGUUAAAAAAGAUUGGAGAGGAGGCGAUUUUAACAAGAAAAUAGAAAUAGAAGAAAUGAAAUUUAUAUAUAAUUUUAACACCCUUAUACCCCAUGGGUUAAAUUUAGAUUUCGAGGUCUGCCAUUUCUUUUAAAGUUGCAUGUUUUUUUAUUAUAUGUUAAGCGGUAGUUUUAUUUUCUUACACUUUAAGGGUUGGGGUUACUAUCCCUUUAAAUGAACGCUAAUAAGGGGAUCCUAUAACCAACUGGAAUAGAAGAUUGCAUUAUGACAUUUGGAAUACAAAAUUAUAUCAUGAGAGGCAUUUACAAAUUAAACAUAUGACAGAUGUAAAAUAAUCACAAUACAAAUUCAUAAUCACCUUCUACUGUUCAUAUAUAUGUAUGAGUCAUUUGCUAAUCUAACUAGAAUAUUCAUGUAUAUAUGAUGAAGUAUUGAUAACUCAAUCAAAAUAUUCAUGUAUAUGGGUUAAAAUAUGUGUUUUGGAGAUAAUGUUGUGUAUUUGGACACUAGUUAUAUUAAGUUCUCUUGGUCCUGGCCAGGUUUGUGGUGGAACGCACAACCAUCUUAGUGUGCAUUCCAAUGAUGGACUCCGACACGAGGAUAAAGUGGAACGCAAUUUGCGUUCCAAAUAGAAGGAUACCGGAACCCGGAAGUAUUUGGGAGACGGAUCUCGGCGGAAUGGAACGCACAUUGCGUUCCAAAUAGAAGAUAGCCGGAACCCGGAAAUAAUUUGGAACGCACGUUGAGUUUCAAAUCAGGACUGGCCGGAACCCGGAAGUAAACCAGCAAAUUACUACAUAAAAACGCCACAGGAAAAGAAACAUACCGAUUGAAAAAGCCCCUGGAAGGGGCGAAACGCGUCUCGGACUUUGCACAAGCCAAUUGGCAGGACUUGAUUUUAUAGCACUAUUGCUAUAGAUUUUUGUUUAUAUUUUUUUUACUCAUUUUAUGGAAUUUUUUAUUGAUUUAAUUACCAUAUUUUAAACAUUUCUUUUGAAUAAAUAAUUUUUAUAAUUUUUAUAAUUUUGAAUCUUUUUUGAGAAGUCUAUCAAGCUAAGUGGGAUUUCUUUUUUGGGAAUUCUGCCAAGCCAAGUGGGAGCAGCCAUUCACUUUGGAACCCCUUCAAGCCAAGUGGGAACAGCUAUCCAGCCAUGUGGUAAUAGGAGAGGGACAUCCUUAAAGUCCCAAGGCGACAUCAGUGAGAGCCACAUAUAUUUUGCUCUAGGCUU